AUGGCCUACUUGGAUUAUGCUGGCUCCGGCAUCCCUUCACCAGCACUUUUGGAAACUGUUGCUGAACAAAUAAAAACUAUUAACCUGGCAAACCCACAUUCGAGACACUCUACCUCUCAAUCAACGUAUCAAAUCGUCGAGGAAACGAGGUUGAGCAUCCUAGAAUACUUUAAUACUGAGGAUUAUGAGGUGAUCUUCACUGCAAAUGCUACUCGCUCUUUGCAAAUCGUUGCUGAAAAUUUCGUCUUCGGGGAGAAAACUAAACUAUGCAAUUCGAUAGACACAAUUUUGCCGGAAACAGGCCCUGCUUUUUGUUACAUGAAUGAUGCCCAUAAUUCUGUUAUGGGAAUGCGCGAAAUCGUCAAAAAUCGUGUAGAUUCCGUUGCUUGUUUGAAAUUCGAUAGCAUCGUUUGGGACUCGAUUCAACCUAUUCAAAAUAGCUUAUUGAUGUACACGGCAAUGAGCAACUUUUCUGGCCGUCAAUACCCUUUAGAAAAUGUGGAAAAAUUACAGAGCAAAGGUUGGAGUGUUUGUAUUGAUUCGGCUGCACUAAUAUCUUCUUCUUCGUUGGACCUUUCGAAAAUCCAGCCUCAUUUUCUGGUAGCAUCAUUUUACAAAAUAUUUGGGUAUCCUACCGGAAUCGGAUGUCUAUUGGUGCAUAAAGUUGCACGAAUGAAGUUGAAAAAGCAGCAUUUUGCGGGUGGAACCUUAGCGAUGGCCGAUCCAUUCUCUUUUAUUUCGCAUCAGAAGGAAGAGCUGAGCGAGCGGUUCGAGGACGGUACAAUUAAUUAUUACGCUAUCGCUGCCUUACGGGAAGCGUUUGUCGAGCUCGAGAAAUGGGGAACUAUUAAUCGUGUGAAGGCAAAUGCAUGUUCCUUAACAAAAAAUGCGCUCGAAAUGCUGCGCUCUCGAUUUCAUUGGAAUGGGAAGCCAUUAGUCAAAGUAUACGGGCAUGAUAGCGUUUAUUAUGGUCCUAUCAUCGCUUUCAAUUUAUUACGUGAUGACGGUUCGUUCAUCGGGUAUAAUGAGGCUGAAAAAAUGUGCAGUUUAUUUGGGGUGCAAUUGCGGACGGGUUGUUUUUGCAAUAUCGGGGCUUGCAUGGAACAUCUUGGGAUCACUCCCGAUGAGCUUCAUUUAAAUUUCUUGAGUGGGAAAAAAUGUGGUGAUGAGAUGGAUACACACAAUGGGAAACCGUUGGGCGCCGUUCGGAUAUCAUUUGGAAGAUUUUCAAAGCAGGAGGACAUCGAUCUACUAGAGAAAGUUCUGGAAUGCUGCUUCCUUGGCACAACAUCGAUCCUAAAGUCCAAUCCCUCGUCACAUUCCAUCGCUGAUUUUCGCCCAAAAAUCAGUAAAAUCUAUUACUAUCCGAUCAAAUCUGCGCGAGGAAUACGAGCCAGACAAGCCGAGCUGUCCCCUUCCGGUUUCACGUACGACCGCCGAUUCCUGGUACAAAGUCUCGGCGUUACCCUGACGCAAAAGAAAAACCCGGAAAUGUGCUUGCUAAAAACCGAGAUUGUCAAAAAUCAACUGAACGUCCAUUCUGGCGACGAAAACUUUUAUGAUAGUUUGCAAGUUCCGUUAGAAGCGACCGAUAUUAAGAGAAAAACCAUAAUUUGCGAGGACAGCGUUGGAACUUACGAUUGUGGAGAUAAAGCGGGAAAAUGGCUAACGAAGACGUUGCGGAUUCCGAAUUGUCGGUUAUUACGAGCCGAAUGUGAUACUCAACGCAGUCUAUCUAACGAAUCGCCCUUCUUGUUUAUAAAUGAGGCCUCGGUCCAGAUUCUGGCCGAGCAAAUCGCGUUAACGCGGGAGGAGCUGAUUCUGCGCUUCCGGCCAAAUAUCGUCGUCCGUGGAUUACCGGCUUUUAUGGAAGAUGAGAUAGAACGGAUAUCCAUUGGAGAAGCGGAAUUUGAGGUAACCGGGAAGUGUACGAGGUGUGAAAUGAUUUGUGUAGACCCGGAAACAGGCAUCAAGGAUCCAGCGUUAAUUGUUGCCCUGCGUAACUAUCGGAAUCGACAAAAAAUGACAUUCGGGAUUUAUUUGCGUCAGACUAACUACGAAGAUGGAUCGAAAAUAUGCGAGAAUGAACCAGUCACGUGUUUUGGUGGAAAA